AGAAUUUGCAGAGACCUCAAAUAAAUAAAGAAAACUCGAACUCCAGACAGAUAAAUAUAUCUAGAGAGAGAGAGAGAGAGAGAGAGAGAGAGAUGCCUUGCAGUUUGGAGCCAUUGGACGUGGGAAUUCAGAUACCAUACCACUUCAGGUGCCCGAUCUCGCUCGAGCUAAUGACCGAUCCGGUCACGAUAAGCACGGGCCAGACCUACGACCGGGCCAGCAUCGAGUCGUGGACUGCCACCGGUAACACCACGUGCCCGGUGACUCGCUCGCCGCUCACCGACUUCGCCCUCAUCCCCAACCACACCCUCCGUCGUCUCAUCCAGGAAUGGUGCGUCGCCAACCGAUCCCUCGGCGUUGAGCGCAUCCCGACGCCGAGGCAACCGGCGGACCCGGCCAACGUCCGGACCCUGCUGAGCCAGGUCUCCUCCGAGUCGACCCGGAUGUUUAUCCGAGUUGACUCGCUGAAGCGGCUCAAAAGGCUCGCUCGCGACUCGGAGAAAAACCGAGCCGUUAUCUCUGCCCAAAACGCUCGUGAAAUUUUACUAUCAAUUGUUUUCUCGGACAAUGCAGGGAUGGGUGACCUUCUCAAAAGUCCAUGGAAUUUGGGCGGUCAAAGCGGACAAUAUUAUACAAGGCAAGAGCAAGUCGUUCCAGAUACCGAGUCCGACUCGUGUGAGUUGACUCACGAGUCGCUUGCGAUCCUCUCAUACUUUCCGUUAUCCGAAUCGGCUUGUUUGUUCGUGGCUUCGAAUCCGGAGCGAGUUAGUUACCUAGUGAAUCUCUUAUUCCAUCCGUCGAGCGAAGUCCGAGUUAACUCGGCUUCUCUGAUAGAGACCGUCAUCGCCGGCACCAGAUCGCCGGAGCUCCGAUCGGAAAUAAGCAGCUCCGACGAGAUUCACGAUGGAAUCGUCGGAAUCCUCAACUCUCCGGCAACCUCUCCGCGCGCGCUUAAAAUCGGAGUUAAAGCACUGUUCGCUUUGUGCCUGUCGAAGCAGCACCGCCACAAGGCGGUGGCGGCCGGAGCCGUGGACGCGCUCAUCGAGAGACUAUCGGAUUUUGAUAUAAGCAACGCCGAGAGGUCGCUGGCGACGGUGGAGCUACUCUGCCGGGUUCCGUCGGGAUUAGCGGCGUUCGCAGCGCAUGCGCUCACAGUGCCGUUGCUGGUGAAGGUCGUGCUCAGGGUGUCGGGGAGGGCGACGGAGUACGCGGCCGGAGCGCUGCUGUCAGUGUGCUCGGCGUCGGAGGUGUGCCGGCGGGAGGCGGUGGCAGAGGGCGUGUUGACUCGGUUGCUGUUGGUGGUUCAGAGCGGGUGUACGGAGAGGGCGAAGAGGAAGGCGCAGAUGCUGUUGAAGUUGCUGCGGGAUUCGUGGCCGGAGGAUUCGGGUUCUAAUUGCGAGGAUUUUGGUUGCAGCGACGUGGUUCCGUAUUGAUUUUUCUCCCAUAACUCAGGUUUUCGGAUCAGCUUAUGCACGCAUUAACCGAUUCUUGGAUCAAUUCCACCAUCAACUAGCGAGGGAUCCAAUUGAAGGCGGAGCAAAUACUCGUAUGGGUUAGCCCCAAAGGAAUUGGUUACACCUGAGAAGAUUCAAACAUGAGAAUUUAGGAGGGACUCUCAGACCACCAGCGACGUGGUUCCGUAUUGAUUUUCCCCUUUGAUAACUCAGGUUUUCAAGUAAGCUUAGACGCACAUUAAGUGAUUCUUGGACCAAUCCUAUCAUCAUCUAGCGAGGGAUUCCAUUAAAGACAAAGCAAAUACUUGUAUGGGUUGGUCUCGAAGGAAUUGGUUACACCUAAAAAAAUUCAAACAUGAAAAUUUAGGAGGGAGUCUCAUACCACCGGAAACCCUGUAGUGCAUCCGGCUUUAGGGCAGUAUUUCAACCGUGCAUCUGUAUUGAUUUUUUACGACCCUCCAUUUUUGUAAUUUCAGGUUCAAUGGAGAGUUACCAUGUUGUAUAGAAUUUUACUCGUGUAUGGAGUUUUGUAUGUAAUGUUUCGGUUUUUGUAAAUGUAAGAAAAAGAAAGAAAGGAAAUUUUUGUAAAUUUAA